UUGUAGGUUAAUUGCUUGGCGUUGCCUAGCUGUUUCUAAAGCGAUGGAAGAAGAAAUUAUUAAUGCAGUAUUUCAAAGAGAAGAAAUAUGGAACCCAAGACACAAUAACCACAAAAAUGUAACUGUUUUGCAGAAGAAGUGGAUUGAAGUCUCUACAACAGUUGGCAAAGAUGUUAAAACUGUGAAAGCCAAAUGGAAAUAUCUCAGAGAUUACUUCCAUCGAGAGUGCAAAAAACUGAAUCAUCCGAGAUCUGGAGCAGGAGCCGAUGAUGCACCGAAGGGGUCAUCGUGGCAAUAUUUUGACGCGAUGCUCUUCAUUAAAGAUGUUUCGACUUCUGACAAAGUCGAAUCAAGUCUACAAGAAGGACCCGAACCUGACGGAAGCCAGGAAGGAAUAUCCGAAGACUCAACUGGACAGGAAAUAAUACCGUUACCACAGAGUGAAGACUCUAUGCCACAAAGCAACUCAUCUUGUUCGUCUUCACGUGUUAAAAGGCAAAAGAAAACACAAGAGGAUGAAUUGCUGAGUGUUGAAAAAAUGAAAUUGGACUUGUUGGUGAAAGAAGCGGAACGGGAAGAAGAUGAUGAUCUCCUCUUUUUUAAAAGUUUGUUGCCAGACAUGAAAACCCUGCCUCCCAGGCGAAAACGUCUUUUGAGACUGAAAAUACAUUAACUCGUUGGGGAGCUUGAAGAUAACGAACGACAGAAUACACCAGUUGAAAUGAGUUUCGUGGUACCACCUCAAGCAUCUAACCAGCCAACAUUUUCAUUAUUUACUCAUCAAGAUUCAUUGCCUUAAAGUAGUAUGGUUUCCGUGUUAUUUUGCUACCAGCAUUAAGUGCAUUGCAUUGUUAUUGCAUUGCUUGUAUCACCAUUAAUAAUUAAUUAUUACCCUUAUUAUUACGUCAUUUGUUGUAUGAAAUCUUCGCUGUGAUUCCACUUUGAAUUAUUAUUUGUAUACUUACCUCACUGUUAAAACUAGCCAUUGUUCAGGGGAUAUCUUCUGUCUGUAGUUAGUACCAGGUCCGCCAAGAUGAUUUUCUAACUUCUCCAAGAGCAUGUCAAAGGUAUUUUUUGUCAUUCUUAAGUAAUUAUAAAAUUUAUCAUGACAAAGUCUUGCAUCUCUGUACAAAUGGCAGAAUUCUCCCAAACUAAUUCGUUCAUUAAAUUCAUGAACCCAAUUACAACUCCUCUUCCUACGUUUGAAUUUUAAGACACUGUUUUCCAUCAGUAAAAUCUUCCUUGCGGACUUCUAUAACGGCAUUCUCGCGACUGCAUAGCGUUAAGAAUUUGGUAUGAACAGGAAGCAAGCAUAGCACUUCACGCAACACGCGACACACUAUGCGAAGCGCGCUACAAAACAUUAUAUCCCAGAAAACAGAACCAUUCACAGCCUUAACUCUUUCCUAUCCUCUACUGGAAGUCUUCCAAUAUUGUGAUUUUCCUGUAGAGCUCUAUUUGGAAGCCCUCUGCUACCAACUUGACAAACAUAAUGCCAUGUCAUGCUUGUGUGCUGAAUAUUAUACCUUCAAUCUUUAUGUCUUUAACACCUAUAGGAACAAUAGGUUGCAAAAAUUUUGUAUUUUUCUAUAUCAAAGUGAUUUUAUAGGUGAUAGGAGUAAGGUUGGAAAUAGAAUGGCUGGGAAAAGGUUCAAAUUUUGCUUCUUUUAUUCACCUGGGAAAGUAAACUCUUAAUCAUUAUGUCAAAUUCAUACCGCUGAUCACAAAAGCAACACAAACAUUUGUUAUCAAUUUUUUAAUUGUUUCAUUUUGGCCCGGGAUGAAUUAACA